CGGCGCUGGCCCCGCAGAAGCCUCUCUCUCCAGCAUGAAGCCUGCGCCCCCCGCUGCCCUGGUCCUCAGCCUGGUCUUCGCCUCCUUCCAAUCGGCUUGCUUGGCAGAAGCAAGCAGUGGCAACAACUCAACCUUGACCAACCACCACCCAGAUCCUGAGACUCUGGAACAGUGCCACAAUGUGGACUUCUGCCUAAAAGCAUCCCAGUGUUGCCACACUGGAGUGGAUGAGUACGGCUGGAUCGCGGCCGCUGUUGGCUGGAGUCUCUGGUUUCUCACCCUCAUCCUGCUCUGUGUGGAUAAACUGACGAAGUUAACUCCAGAUGAGCCCAAGGACUUGCAAGCAUGAGGCGCAGAAUCAGAGCCCCAAGAAUGUCAGCCACCACCCAGCUGUGGCUAAUAGCAGGCCCGGAGUAGCGCCAAUGUGGUUUCUAGUAAAGUCAUUUUCACCUUUAAACUUCAGUUACUUUUUAAAGGGAAGGAAGACAGAAAGGGGCUCCAAAUAAGGGAAUGCCAGUGCUGCUAAUUCCAAGAGAAAGGUGGGCCUCUGAGCUCCGAUACCCUCCUUUCUCCAGAUAGUCUCAAUGGGAUUACUUAUUUUAGCCAUGGCUUUCUUCUGGGCUCCAAGGUGGAGCACCAGAAACAUAAGACUUGAUCUUUUAGUCAACACAUUUGAAAUUAAACUCAUAACCUUCUCACCGAACAGAGGUCGUUGUCAUCUGUCCUCAUUUCAGUCAAGGACAUCACUGUCACUUCAAAAUGUAAGGAUCACCGUUGACACCCCCAAAGUCCUCACCCCAUGUCCAGUGCUUCCCCAGCUCUGUUCUCACCCCCAUGACUAUUCCUUCCAAGGUUAACCUGUCCCAUCCUCCCUGCCAGCAGCCUGCUUCUGGCCCUCACUACAUUGUCCCUGCAUGAUUCCGGGGAUAUUUCCUUUGGUUCUCACUGCUUGCAGGAUCUUUCUCCCCAUGGGCAGCUGUCACACAGCCUGGCACUGAGCUCUUCCCAUGAGUCCAACCAUCCGACUCCCUGCACAGGGCUGAGGGGCUCUGGCUGGCCCACUCCUCAACUGAAUGGAUGUCUUUCCCAUCUCCCCUGCUCUUCACCUCUGCCUCCCGACUCCAUCUCCAGAAUGAAGGCCAUUGUUCUUCCUGGAGCCUUCCUGAUCCUCUUGGGGGACCUGGAGCUGGUGCUCUUAGCUACUAGGCCCUGAGGUGCGGCCAUCAUGCAAGGACCUGCUCACAGUGAAUUUACACUUUGGGGCAUAGGAAGCUUCUGGUGAUGGUUGUCGGUGAAUGACUGAACCAAUGAGUCCUUGCCCCAGAUGAACUUAGGACCAUCAUUUUGCAUUCAGAGCCUCCAUUUUUCUGAAAAUGGUUAAAACAACCAAACUUCUUUGAUUCCUGUUCUCUCAGGGACUCACUUAGCACGAGGGUGUGGCCUGUGGCUGUGAGGUCUGCCAGAGGGUCUGGAGGAGAGGAGGGUGGUUCAUCAGUAGGAAGGAAGGAAGGACAAAAAUGACUCUUUCUUUAUGGAACAAUGUCUGCCCUUUGUCAGGGACCAUGUAUUAGAUGGGAUCAACUCUAAAUAAUCAAAAUACAGAAAGAAAAAAAAGUGCGAGGCCCCUGACGUAGGAAGAAAUGCAAAGGUGGCAAAUGACUCAAAGCUGCCCGACGCUCUUGCAGAAAAUCGAGAUAAAUUUCCCCGACAACGGAAACCAAAGGGAUCGCGUGGCUCACUCUGAAGAGCCAGAUAGUUUUAGGAUCUCAGUUGUUAAAUCAGUA